AUGACGACGCAGACGGCAUUGGCACUUACAAAGAUUGGGCAACCGCUGACCAAAAUCGUGUUGCCCAAACCCGACAAUGCUAAUGGCAAAGAUCUCCUGAUCAAAGUCGCUGCUGUUGGCCUCGCACCACUGGAUGCCAAACUUCGGGACGCUGGCUACUUUGGCAUCGGUAACCGUCUUCCAGCCGUGAUAGGAGGCGAUCUAGUCGGCACGGUUCUUAAAGCAGGGCCGGAGGUCUCCAACGAUUUCCCUCUUGGUUCGACUGUUUUUGCUCAAUGCAAUUUCAAAGAUCCAAAAGCGGGCGGGCUCCAAGAAGUUACCACGAUCAAUGGCGAAUAUGCAGCAAUCGUACCACCAAACCUGUCUGCAGCUGACGCAGCUUUGUAUCCCAUCAAUGCGAUGACCUCUGCCAAUGCAAUCUUUACCCCAGCUGGAUUCAACUUCCCGUUCCCAGGUACACCUGACUCUGAAGGCUUCGAUUAUCAGUCUCAGAAGAUCGUUGUUGUCGGCGGGGGCUCAAACACAGGGAAGCUGGCGAUUCAGCUCGCCCACAUUGCUGGAGUCGGCAAGAUUAUUGCCAUCGCAUCGCAAUCAAACGAGACUCUCCUCAGAAGCUAUGGAGCGACACAUGUGAUUAAUCGUCACGAUCCGGACAUCGAGAGUCAGGUUCGUCUGCUUACCGGUGAUGACCUCGUGCAUGUACUCGACACAGUCAACAACCCUGAUCGAGGUCUUGCAAUGUCACUGUUAUCGAACACCAAACCAGGACUCCUGAUCACUCUGACUCCUGGACGGAGCAGUGAUAGCUUGCAUGCGCAGAAGAAAGCCGGUGUUGAGGAGAAACAAAUUCUCGGCUUCCCUCACGUGUAUCCUGAAUUUGGUCACUUGUUUUGGAAGACGUUCCCUCGAUGGCUAGAGUCUGGCAAGGUCAAACCCAUCAAGUACAAUGUCAUCAAGGGUCUAGAUGCAGACUUGGUGAAUGCAGCUUUGGAUAAAUAUACAAGUGGAAAUGGCGGAGACCGAUAUCACGUUAGCAUCUAG